UAAUUCCUGCUGUGGUGUGCACAGCACCACAAAGUGUACCACCAAUCGUGGGGCGGAGCUCAGGCGUAGGCUCGCUUGAGUCCCAAGCGCUGUUGCCUGGCUUGCCUGCCAGUGGCACGACGGCCAUCAACAGAGCAAUAAGCAGCUCGGUCAAUGAGCGGCUUGCCUCGCAGAAAAUCUCGUCUCAAAUACAAGUAAACUACAUCUUGGCCGCUUUGAUCGUUCGCUCUUCGUCACAAAUUUCAUUGGAAAAACGGUGAUCGUCUCGACCAUAGAAUGGCGAGCAUUAGCGUGACGCCUCAAUCAUGUCUGAUGGACGAGUCCGUGACGGUCAAAGUGACGGGUCUGGAGAAGGCCUCCGUCUACACGCUCCACACCACGGCCUCGGACUGCAAAGGCAUGCCGUUCUUCACGGUCGCGACGUACAAGUCUGACGAUGCCGGCGAGAUUGAUCUGACGAAGUCGCCUGCGCUGGGCGGUCACUUCCGGGGCGUGCUCCCCAUGGCGCCCUUCGCUCAUCUGCUGCCGGUGGAACAGAAGGCCUUGUUCCCCAGAUUCGACUACUCUGACGUCACUAAACCUGUCCAGUUCACGCUGUCAGUUUACGCUGGACCCGUUGCGGUUCAAGUCAUCAUACCGCGAGCAGCGCUGGGCCUGAAGCCCGUGUGCAGCGUGCAGCACGAGCGUCGCCUCAUGGCCGAGGGCUGCCAGAGGAUUCCUGUGAGGGACGGCAAGGUGCGAGGAACAGUACGAGGACCUGCAGGAGAGCAUGCAAACGGGCUUCGAUAUCGCCUACUUCGACGAGGCCGUCCAGUAUCUCCUCUCGCGGCAAGAGGUCCGUGGUUUAGCGAAGCCAAAUCGCAACUUGUACGCAAGGUUGGCGUUGGUGUGAUAGGGUCGAGCAAGGGAGGAGAUCUCGCCCUCAGCAUGGCCACCAAUAUUCCUCAGAUCAAAGCCGCGGUCGUCGUGAACGGUGGCAUCUACUCGGCCGUUGGUGCUUUUAAGCUCCUUGACGGCACCCACAGAGCUGUUGUGCCUCUUGCAUUCGAGAGAUUAGUUCUGCACAGGGACGGUGUAAUGGAAACUUACCACGCCAUGUGUGAUCCGUCCGAUCAUCCUGACGCGAUCAUCCCUGUGGAGGACGCGUACGGCGACAUCCUUUGGCUGAGCGGUCUGGCUGACCGAGCUAUGAACACCGAGAUGUUCGCGCGGCUGGCGGUCGAGCGCUGCACCGAGCGCGGCAAGCCCGACAAGGUUAAGGUUCUCAAAUACCCCGGUGCGGGACACCUUCUUGAGCCCCCCAACAUCCCCUUCAGCAGCAUCACGUUGCAGGAGCUCAUGAAAAUCGGCACGUUGAAUGGAGGCAACGCGGAGGAGCAUUGCGCUGCUCAAGAGGACGCUUGGAAACAAGUUCUUGCAUUCUUCAACGAUAAACUUCAAUAAAAUAAUCUAUAAAAAUAACUCGAUUCCCAAUUGAUUGAUAAUUAAUGUUAAUGGAAAUCACCGGUCAGUGAUCGUUAGUUCACGCUAGCGCAAUUUAGACGAAGUGCGUGAGCUACUGCACGGCAAUAGCCGGCUACUUUUUGCAACUUCAUAACGCCUCAACCCCUAAAUUAGACACAGAUCUAAAUUAAAAUCAAUAGAUUUGAAA